GGAAAAGAGGGGAGGUGGCACUUGGGCUGGUUUCUAUGCUGUCCUUGUGUGUCCGAAGCAGGAGGAUGGAACCUGGGCUAGAGUCCAAUGCCACGUUCACCACCCUGCUUACAGCCAUGCCUGAACAGCAGCUCCGCCUCAUCUUUGCCGGGAUCUGUGGCCUCAUCCUGCUGGUGGGGCUGCUGGCCAAUGGGCUCAUGUUGCUGGUGGUGGGCCGGAGCCCAGGUGCCCCCCGCCCGCUCCUUGCCCUGACCAAUAGCCUCAUGGUGAACAUCACGCUGUCUGACCUGCUCUUCCUGGCCUGCGUGGUACCGGUGCGGCUGCUGAGCUUCCUGCGGCAUGACUGGUGGCUGGGCCCUGCUGUCUGCACCACCAGCCAGGCUGUCAACACGGCCACCAUGUUCUGCACCUUCUACAGCAUGGUGGCCACUGCUCUCCUGCGUCAUGUGGCUGUGGUCUGGCCUGAUGUGGCCCUCCCAGCCGGCUGGGGUCCCCGGCUGCUGAUCUGUGGGGCCAUGUGGGUCCUGGGCAUCACUGCAUUGCUGCCCAACUGGCUGUUCCAGCAGGUGGUGGUGGAGGAGGAGGCAGUGGGGGCCUCUGGGGACCGGGCAUGCAUCUUGCUCCUGAGCCCUGCUUGGACCUCCUGCUACUUCACCCUGCUGGGAGCCCUGGCCUUCCUGCCCUGCGUGCUGGGGCUAGGCUGCUCUUUCAGCCACGUGGGCUGGCUCCUGUGGGCACAGCCCCACGGCCCCAUGGGGGAGAGUGCUUGGGAGCACCAAGAGAACACUGGGCUCAUCCUUGUGGUGCUGGUGGUUUUCGUGCUGAUGUGGGGGCCCUGCUCUGUGCUGGGCUAUGUGGCAGCUGUGGGUGGCCUGCCUGCCACGCCGGUGGCUUUUGUGGCCUCCAGCCUCUGCACCAUCCUAGCCUACUCCAGUUGUGCUGUCAGUCCCAUCCUCUGCUUCUACCUGUCUCGCCCCUUCCGGGCAGGACUCCGGAACAUCUUCUGCAGGCCACUGGCAGCCAGGCAUCACCGGGGCGAGGGAGGGGUUGCUGUGGUGAUGGAGAGUGGCCAGCCUGGCCACGACACGGCUCCAGGAGGCCUAUGGGGCCUGGCAGGGGUCUGA